GGGGCGGGGGCGGGGCGGCGGAGGCGCGGCGCAGUGGGGCCGAAGCCGGGCCGGGCAGCGGGCGGGUGCUGGUCGGUGUCGGCGGGAUGGUGGACAGCGUGUACCGGACGCGGUCGCUGGGGGUGGCGGCGGAAGGGCUGCCGGACCAGUACGCGGACGGGCAGGCGGCCCGCGUGUGGCAGCUGUACAUCGGGGACACGCGGAGCCGCACGGCCGAGUACCGCAGCUGGCUCCUGGCGCUGCUCCGCCAGCACCGCUGCCGCUCCGUCCUCGACGUGGCCUGCGGCACCGGGGUGGACUCCAUCAUGCUGCUGGAGGAGGGCUUCCAGGUGACCAGCGUCGACGCCAGCGACAAGAUGCUCAAGUACGCGCUGAAGGAGCGCUGGGAGCGGCGCAAGGAGGAGCCCUUCGACCGAUGGGUCAUCGAGGAGGCCAAUUGGCUCACACUGGAGAAGGAUCUGGAGAAGCCAGGGGACGGGUUUGAUGCAGUCAUUUGCCUGGGCAACUCCUUUGCACACCUGCCUGACUUCAAAGGGGACCAGAGUGACCACAAGCUGGCCCUGAGGAACAUUGCCAGCAUGGUGCGGCCAGGGGGUGUCCUGGUCAUCGACCACCGCAACUAUGAUCACAUCCUGGCCACAGGCUGUGCACCACCAGGCAAGAACAUCUACUACAAGAGUGACUUAACCAAGGACAUCACCACCUCAGUGCUGCUGGUAAACAACAAGGCACACAUGGUGACCCUGGACUACACAGUGCAAGUCCCCCCCACUGAGGCGGGGGCAGCCCCGGAGCUGAGCAAGUUUCGGCUCUCAUACUACCCACACCGGCUGGAGGCGUUCACAGCCCUGCUGAAAGGUGCCUUCCAGGGGAAGUGCCAGCACAGCGUCCUGGGUGACUUCCAGCCCUACACGCCAGGACAGGCCCAUGUCCCCUGCUACUUCAUCCAUGUUGUGAAGAAGAUGGCCUGAGAAGGCCGUGGAGACAGAACUGUGACGGUUGAGAGCUGCGAGUAGCUCUGGGAACAAGCAGUGGGCUGGGGACAUUGCUGAGAGCUGCCUGGAACCUUCCACCUUAAUUAAGAGCACUCAUGAGAGCUACUGGA